AUGUCGAGAGAGGCAUGCAGUACCAGCGGUCGGGCACUUGAGCAGCUGCAUCGGUUCUCGUUCGUCGCGGCAGCAUCGCAGCGCCGCUCCCGGCGCACUGCCUGCUCCGCCGCGGAGCCCACGCCGGGGCCGUUGACAGAGGAUGAGCUGCGUGCCCUGGGGGGCAGCGAGGCGGAGCUUGAGGAGCAAGCUCUGGGAGAUGCAUGGCGGGGCCAGUUCGAGGGCGACGUUGAGGGGCUCUACGACUAUGUUGCCAGGGACGAGGAGCAAUGGCUGGGGCAGGUAGCCAGCGUGCUUGACGUGCCGCGCUCGAUGCGCGAGCGCCAGGGUGCGAUGCUGGGGUUGGACGGUCUGCCACCGGGCAUGGCCACAGACCUCAUUGGAAUGGGCAACUGGCGGCUGAGGAACUCCGUGAACCGCGUGAUUGGGCUGAUGGUGGGGCGGCUGGAGGGAGCCAUGCGCGAGCUGCUAGAUGACGACCUCACCAUGUACCCUCCAAACAAGUGGAAAGAUCAGGGGUGGGACUACAUUGACUCGCUCGAUCCUCAGCGCGAGUGGGACGGCUGGUCCUUUGCCGACAUGCCAGACCCUCCAAAGGGCGCAGAGGGCUACCCACGGCUGCAGGUUGAGAACCGUGUGUACUGCAGCCGUGUGUUCAGGAAGCUGCACCUAGAGGUGGCCGUGCGGCAGGACGGCCUGGAGGUGCUGCACAUGGUGCUGUACCCGCGGUACGACUUUGACCUCCCCAUCCUGGCGCUCGACAUGGUCGUUGCUGGGGGGGCAGUCACCCUCGCGGUCGCGGACGCGUGCCCCCUGUCUGCCAACUUGCGGCUGCCGCAGCACUACAUGCAGACCAUGGUGGAGCUGCAGGAAGCGUUUCUGCCUGAUCCGGGAACCAGUCGAGCUGUGCCAGACUGGGGCCGGGCCAUCUUCAGUCCACUGGCCGUGUGCAUGCGCCCCGACUCCGACCAGGCCCUGGCCGGCUUUAUCAAGUAUUGCGUGGCCCUCACGCGCGCGCACCUCAUGUACUCAACCCUGUUGUCGCCCAUCGAGCCCCGGACCAAGCCCGCCGCCCGCCGCCUUGCGGAGCUCGCCGCCGGCCACUCCCGGUUCUGCGCCAACCAGCUCGCCAACAAGAAGACCUCGCGCGUCCUGGAGGCCGCGUUUGGGGCCGAGUUGACGUCAUCAUACAUGUCCCAGCUCAUGUUUGACUGCGACUUGUCGGACAGCCCCCCAUGGUACGACGGGUCCCUCAGCCGGCUGUACCACGAGUUUGAGCGCAACCCGGAGCCGUGGAGGGACGGCGCCGAGCUGCUGUCCAUACGGCGCGAGCUGGACGUGUCCAAGGCGCGGGUGUUUUUGGACAGGUUUAUCGCAGGGGAGGGCAGCAUCGCGGGGGAGCGGCUGGAGUUUGCGCUGGCCACCAUGUACGACGCGGACGAGCAGUUCAGGGACGCCAUCGACGACGCCAUGCCAGACCUGGCGGAGCUGCGGCUGCGGGACCCCGCGGAGGUCGGACGGCGGCUGCAGCAGCAGCUGCUGGAGCUUGUAGGGGCGGGGCAGCAGCAGCAGUCGGGGCAGCAGCAGCAGUCGGGGCAGCAGCAGCAGUCGGGGCAGCAGCAGCAGUUGGGGCAGCAACAGCAGCAGCAGCAGCAGCAGCAGCAGCAGCAGCAGCAGGAGCAGUAG